ACUGUUCUAUGUUUACACAGAUAUAACGCUUACCAGUAUCACCAUUCAAAAUGUCCAGGAAUUUCUCAGUCGCUUUUGUCGUCUUGAUUUUGGCUGUCGUCUGUUACGCCGACAUGAACGACCGCAGAGGCAAGCCACCCCGCUGCAGAAAUCUGGCCUGUCCGUUGAACUAUGACCCCGUGUGUGGCCGUGACGGGAUCACCUACCCCAACAUGUGUACCCUGGGGACAGCCAACUGUGACCGACCCCCCUACAGACCCGUGGGGCUGGCCAGCAGAGGGGAGUGCAAGAGGAGGGGACGGGAUUAUUUAUUUUAUGCAGUAGAAGUUUUUAAAGUUGUUUUAUUCAAAUACCUUGACUUAAUGUUAAUCUUUCAAGGGGAGACUAUAAGAAGGGAAGUAAACGCUGGUGUAACGUUACUUAAAGCGGAAAGGGUUUCGUGCAGACUACAGAGCAUUACAGGAUAUUCGCACAAAAUGAACAGCCUAUUUUCCACACUUACCGUCUUGAUGUUGGCUGUUGCUAGUUACGCAGCAACCGUGCCCCGUUGCCUUGACCUCAACUGCCCUUUGCACUACGACCCCAUGUGUGGGAUGGACGGGGUCACCUACCAGAACCCUUGUACCCUGGGGAUUGCCAAUUGUAACAUCCCACCCUACACCGCCGUAGGUUUGGCCUACAAAGGAAAGUGCGGAAGGAGACUGCGAACACGCAGUGCCUCAUUGUCAGAAGUAGCUUCGUUUGGAAUGAACAUGGUGGGGCCUAUUAAACAAGGAUGAUGUGCUGAGGUCGUUUCUUCAAACGUCUUAAGUUAGCAGACUUGCAAUACCAGAUGUUUCUUUUCGCCAUAAACAGCAUUUCCAGUUACACAAGAAUCGAAAAUUUAAUGGAGGGGAAUUGAUUCUGAAUUUAAUUUACCUCAAAUCUUGUAUGUAGUAACAUUUGGAAAAUUUACGAUAAAAUAAAGUGUUCCGUGAAUUAUGC